AUGACUUGUGUCUUAAUGGCACUGGACCAAUUCAUUGAUUCCAGCUUUGUUGCUUAUAGUUGUACGAAAAGGUCUGAAGAAGAGGAGGAGAGAUUGCAUAAACAACGUGUAACCUUAAUGAAUACCCUAGUUUCAGCGAUCAAAAUUUCCUUUGUGACCAACGAGGCUACCCAGAAGAGCUUGUCUUCUAUCAGUUGUGCCAUUUCAAGUACAUGGAUAAAGCUUGAUGAGCUCAAAUUUUUAAUCCAUUCCAUCAGUAACAUUGGUGCGACACUUUAUAAUAUUGGACAUCUUGAAGAGGCACCAAAGGCAUUAGAACUAUGCUGUCAAACAACAUGGGCAUACGCCAGACUUUCUUACUGUAGACUAUCAGCAAGAACGGAAGGUCACAUCAUUACUGAGGAUCUACCAAAAGAUACACUGAAGGAUAUCAUUACAGCUGCAUUUGCAAGGAUAACAAAGAUGGUUGGCAUUCUCGAUAGAUGUGGCUCAAAAGCGAUACGUGGUAUUAUUGUGAAGAGCCUGUCUGAAUUUUUUGUUUAUGGUGACACAUCUGAUUAUCACGAAAGCUAUUUGGCUCUGAUAAAGUUAUGGGUGAAGAUAACACUUAAGGAUUUUGAAGAUUACCAACGAGUGGAUAGUGCUCCUCUUCUCUAUCACUCUCUUAUGGGCUGCUCGCCUCCCUUGCCAAUGAAGUUCAUAGGCUUAAUCGUAGAGCAGGAAUUAUUAGCAUAUGGAGAAUCUCGUGUGACCAUGCUCUGUGCAAAUAUGCAACAUAGAAUAGUAGAUAUUCUAUUGAAUGAAAUAUAUUGUUCAAAAGAAUAUUAUCUGGACAGAUCAAAGGUUUUAGUUAGGAAGGCAUGUAUACUCCGUGGAUCUGGGGUGCAAAACAUAAGCAACUGUCUUGAGUCCUUAUCUGAAGCCAUAUCUUUACUGCAAGGCAUCUUACUGGAUUCAUCUCAAGGCAAUGCAAUUGUGAUCCAUGAAUUGGCUAUUGCAUAUUGCCUGCAUGCACAUUGUGCCCAGGAAGCCAAUCAUGGCGGCAAGGUAAUCUUUGAUAAUGCUAGGAGUGUUGUUGGCCUGUGGUCAAAGAUGGGUACUUUGGAUCAUUGUUCUCCUGGUGGGAUCUUUCAGCAGCAAUCCAAAACUCUUGUACCACUUCUUUGUUCCCUGGUUGAUUUGCUGGCAAUGAAGGGCUGCUUUGAGCUUCAGUUUGAACUGUGCAAGCUUAUCAUAAUGAUAUGGAAGCAAGAAAACUUACCCCUAGAAAAGUUAUUCUCCAUGUUAUUUAUCAACGGGCGCCUUAAUCAUGCGUGCUGUCAUCUCCCGAUGGACCAGAAUUUUGUUUCUUAUGUGGCACGGCAUCUUGGUUUUGAUUGCCACAAUACAAUAUUUUGGAGAAACUGUUUCAAAGAAGAUUAUCCUUCUCUUACUAUGUUUCUUCAGCGGUUGUGGCCUGUUGAUUUCUUUUCUCAAUCAUGUGAACACUCCUUUGGAAAUCAGUUUGGUUUCAAUGCUAGUGUUGAUGAGAUUGAUAAAGUUGCAUCAUCUCUGGUUUCUGAAGGUCCUUCGGGUAAUCAAUCAACCUAUCUGGCUGGCUGUAUAUACUAUGAUUUGUCAGAAAGACUUCUGUCAAGAGGACAAGUUCUCCAGGCCAUUUCAUAUGGAAGAGAAGCUCUCCAAUUGCGCAAGAAGCUCCUAAAAAAGAAGUUCAAAUUUAAUUUGGGCAAAUUUGUAAGUGGGGAAAGCCAAUAUUCUGGUGGGCAAGGCUUUGUUUCACUUGAAGCAUGGGGACCAACGAUGGCUGGAAUCUGGCCAGAUUGCACCAGGCCAAGCAGCAUGAGAGAUUCUUUCCUUACCCCAUGGAAUGUACUUAGAUGUUAUCUUGAGAGCAUAUUACAGGUUGCUGUGAUGCAUGAAUUGGUUGGCAAUGGUGCCGAAGCAGAAGUUUUAUUACGGAUAGGAAAGGAGAUAUCAUGUUUCCAAGGACUACCAAUUUUUGCUGUUGUCUUUACAUCAGUGUUAGGUCAAAUAUACCACAAGAGACAGCUAUGGGAUGCCGCUGAGGGUGAGCUUAAACAUGCUAAGGACCUCCUUGCAGAAAAUGAUGAAUUCAUUUCAUGCAAGACAUGCAAGUUGACUCUGCACAUAUCAGUUGAUGUGCAAGCUGGAGAUCUGUCUUGGAAUCUCUUUGAGAAAGACUUGCAGAAACAAUCAACAGGCAAUUUGUCUAGUGCUUUAGGCAUGUAUCAAUCUGCCGUGGAGAAAUUGAAUAACUCUGGUUUGGAUUUUUCUGCUGGAUCCUGUGAUAAAGUUAAUACUAGUUGUAUGUUGUGCAGCAAAGAUUCUAUUGCAGAAACCAAGCGUGGAGCUUGUAAUAAUGGGAAAGAACCCUUAGCAGCCAAGGAUGGAGUUUUACCUCCAUGUACUCCUUGUUUGUUGUUCAGUCAGGUACCUAUUGACCAGUACGAUGAACUUGUGGGAUUAAAAUCUGAAAGGGAGAAUUUGAAGAGUGCCGAAAGUGCUCCACCAUUGGAUGUUAAAGUUAAGAGGGCAUCCGGAACUUCAUUACGUUUAGCUAAAGAACAGAAUGUGUCAGCUCAUGCAAAGACUAGAACCACCCGAUCUAGUAAGCGAACUGCACAUGUGAAAAGUGAAAAAGACUUGGCUGAACUGAAUAACAAAAAUGACAUAUCUUAUAGCAAGGAAUUGUCCACAGAUGGUUUGGUCUGUGGGAAGCUAAACUGUUCUCUUGAUGGUGUUGGCCGCAACAGAGAUGACAUAUGCAAUAUGUUUGGAUGUUGGAGCUGCCUUUUUGUUAAUUCACUCAAUUUUGAGUGCAUUGAGAAUAUACUGCAGUUCAGAGAAGAUUGCAUUCGCCGACGCCAUCUUGUGUCGCUUCUGUUAAAAACAGCAAGAACCUUGGGAGCUCAGGGUGGAAAACAUGGAGCUCAUGAAGUUCAUAGUAUCUACUGGCAGUGCAUAUCAUUGUUGUAUUUCAGAUCUCUUCCUCAAGGGUGUUAUAGAACAUAUGGGCCUCGUUUAGUUGAACUGAUCAUGAAUGAAAAUACUGGUGAUUUUCUUUCUUUAGAGCGUGCAGAAAUACUAUGUAGUAUGAGUUCCUUUUUGCUGAAGGGUUUCCUUUCAGAACAGUCAAGGGAUGGUUGCUGCAGCUUCUGUAGUGUACAAAUGUCUGAUGUUGUUUCAUGGUUGCUGAAAGCUUUUGUGCUAUCUGGAGAGAGUCCUUCACUUCUCCAGGAGGUUUGCAGGCUACUUACAUGCAUAUUCUUACUAUCAACGAUAGAUUCCUCGGUCCAAUUACCUUUGUAUUCCAAGGGAUCUCUCUCUUUGAAUCAUUGGGCCGCAUACUUCCACCAAACUUCUGUUGGAACUUAUCUCAAUUGCCAUUACCUUGCGAGCUUACAAGCAUUGCACAGAAAAACAGAAUCGAAGGGUGUCACUGGAGAUCUCACAGACAAGACAGAUGAAGUUCCAAAGUUUCUAAGGUUUUCAUCGGCAGGCAUGGAACAUCUUGAAAAACAUGUAAUUGAAUUCUUCCAUGAACUUCCUGAUUUACCAAUUGUGUGCAUUAGUAUGCUUGGAGGUGAUAUUGUGAAUGUUCUUGGGGAAACACUUCUUCUCCCUUCCCCUUUUCCUGCUUGGAUGUUGAUCUCAAGGUUUGAUUCAACAAACAAGCCUACCACGAUGCUUCUACCAGUGGAUCCUAUUUCGAAAGAAGCAGAGAAUGGAGACUCUUCUAUCAAACAACUGGAUAAUCCAACUAGAACAUCAGAUAAGGAAUGGAAGUGCCCUUGGAGCUACACUAUAAUAGACUAUGUGGCUCCAACUUUCAAAAAGCUACUUGAGGAUAACUUUAGAUCCCUCUCUGGUGCGACCCACAUUCCAGAGGAUGGAAAAGCAAACGCCAUAAGGUGGUGGUCAGAUAGAAUGAAGCUCAAUGAUGACCUUAGUGAGAUGUUGGAAAACAUUGAAGAAUUGUGGCUAGGACCCUGGAAAUGCCUUCUCCUGGGCCACCAAUUAGCUGACCAACAUAGCAAGUCAGUGCUGGAAAAUCUAAUCACUGCUCUGGAUUCAGAAUUUAAACUUGAAGUAGAUCCAGCACUCAUCAAGGUCAUCCUUGGUGGGGUUGCAUCAGUGGAUGAAUUGAAAGAAUGUGUUUCUCAACUUAUAUCAUACAAAAGUUACUUUGGCAGGGGAGGGUGUUGCGGAAGAGAUAGACUUAGAGCCUUCUGUUGCCAGACUGAUGGUGAAGCUCUGGUGACCCUCGAGCAUUUGUGCAAUGGUAUAGUGGAUGAGCUAUCUGAGCCAAUUGACAGAAAUCCGGUCAUUUUAGUCCUGGAUACUGAUGUGCAGAUGCUUCCUUGGGAGAACUUGCCUGCUUUAAGGAAUCAAGAAAUAUACCGCAUGCCAUCAAUGAGAAGCAUCUUUCUAGCAUUGACUAGAAGCACUAAUCAUCACAAAGAUGCCAGUGCCAUGGCCCCUCCUUUUCCUGUUAUUGACCCUUUCGAUGCAUUCUAUCUGUUGAAUCCUAGUGGUGAUUUGAUCAGCACACAAGAAGAAUUUUAUCAGUUGUUUAGAAACUAUGAGUGGAAGGGAAAUGCUGGGGAUGCUCCAACAGCUGAAGAGCUCGUCUUGGCCCUGAGGAAUCAUGAUCUUUUUCUCUACUUUGGACAUGGAAGUGGAAGUCAGUAUGUCUCUGGAAAGGAAAUUGAGAAGUUAGAUAACUGCGCAGCUGCUCUUCUUAUGGGUUGCAGUAGUGGGACACUUCAUUGCAAAGGCGGUUAUGCUCCUCAAGGGGCACCUUUGUCUUAUUUAUUUGCUGGUUCUCCUUCUGUCAUUGCAAACCUCUGGGACGUCUCGGAUAAAGAUAUCGAUCGAUUUAGUAAAGCAUUGCUGAAUUCAUGGUUGCAAGAAAAAUUUAAGGCCGCCAAGAAUUGCCCUAAAUGUUGCCACCCACUAACACAAGAAUUUGAGUCCACAACGAUUGCUGCAAAGGAUAAUGGUAGGCCAAGACGAAAAGGUACACGACAAGGUCAGAAGCAGCAGCAGACAGGAGAGAUAGAUGGCAGUAGUAACCGCUGUAAUUGCAGGCAUAGGAGAAUAGCUACGCAUAUAAGUGAAGCUAGGCGUGCUUGCAGGCUUCCGCUUAUUAUCGGCGCAUCUCCUGUUUGUUACGGUGUGCCUACUAUCAUCAGGAAGAAGUAA